GUAGGAGUGAGUGUAGUGGCAGGAAGCGGUGCGCAGAAAUAUUUGACCCAUAAUGCACUGCGACAGCUGACAAGUGGAUCCAAGAUGGCGUAGAAAGUAAAGCUAGAAACUCUGUCCCAGAGUCAUGGAGGACAGGAGGCCACAGAAGUCAUGUGACGAGGCCAUUGGAUCAUUAGUGAGGCAGGAGUAUGAGGCAGCAGUGGCCCACAGCACAGAGGCCCUGCUGGCCAUGGGGCCCCGGACCCUGACCCCCAGCACAGCCCUCCUCCAAAAGCGUGCCCUGCUCUACCGCAUAGCAGCACGACUCCAGCUGAAGGACUACGAUCAGGCUGAUGAAGACUGCCAGCAUGUGUUUGCUGAGGAGCUGGGGAAGGGAGAUGGCAGUUUCAGGGCAGGGCUUCAGAGUAUGCUGCUGGAUGGAAGCUUACAGGAAGUGUGCAGCGUUCUCUCUAAAGCGCUCUAUGGAGAACCACUGAAUGGGAUCAUGACGAAAGACAUGACAAGACUGAAGAGGCUCCUCUCAGAAAUAGAGGCUGUGAGGAGUAAAAUGGUGCCGGAGUUGCCUGAAGAGAAUGAGGAGGAUGUUCAGGAAGGCUGGCAGUUUCGUCCUCCUCCUCGAGGGGUCACUAGUAGUGAGGAAUACACAUUGUGUAAAAGGUUUUUAGAGCAGGGUCUGUGUCGGUACGGAGCUCAAUGCACCUCGGCUCACUCUCAGGAGGAGCUGACAGAAUGGCAGCGGCGCUAUGCCUCUCGACUCAUCCGCCUCAAACAGCAGCAGGAGGGCAAGCACUUCACCGAGAACUACAUGGAGGCGCUCAUUGAGAAAUGGAUCAACUCCCUCACGCCGGAGAGAGUGAUGAAUGACUGUGUGGAUGGAGUUGCGGUGGAGCACAGCACCGAUCUCUCUAUUACCGUCAACACCAAGAAAUCAUCUCACUCCUGGACAUUCACGCUCUUCUGCAAGCCGGUUCGCACGCUACACCGCAUCGCUCUGCUUUACGACGCCAACCGGCCACAUUUCUCCAUCACGGCGGUCUCGGCCGGGGACGCGUCUGCCCAGGUGCCUCAGGAGGUGUCUGAGGGCGGCUGCCAGGAGUGGAGCGUAGCCGGCCUGGUGCAGAACGGCAUGGACCACUGCCUUUACACUGUGGUGGUCUCCUUCAGUACAGAGAUCUUCGGAACCUUCCGACAGACCGUGGUGUUUGAUUUUGGCUCUGAGCCCGUGCUCAUGCAGCGAGUGAUGGUGGACGCCGCCUCCAUCGAAGAUCUGGAGCACCUGAUGCAGGCUCGACAGCAACUCCUGAUGACAGCUAAGCGCUGGGACUCGUCAUGUAAAACCAUCGUGGAGUUUGUCCCCAAUGAGAACAUGGAUCUAGAGCGCAGUCUACUGACCCGCUAUCAGAUCCCCCUCUCAGCCGACCAGCUCUUCACCCAGUCUGUGCUGGACAAAACCCUCACCAGAGACAAUUACCAGCCCCGCCUGCACGACCUGCUCUACAUCGAGGAGAUCGCUCAGUACAAAGAAGUCAGCAAGUUCAACAUCAAGGUUAACCUGCAGCUCGUGACAAGCUUUAUGUUGACUGGCAUUUCUGGCGGCGCUAAGUACGCUCAGAACGGACAGCUGUUUGCACGCUUCAAGCUGACAGAGACACUGUCUGAAGAUACGCUGGCUGGGCGACUGGUCAUGACAAAGGUCAACUCUGUGCUGCUGCUGCCCGUCUUCAAGGAGCGGAUGGGUCAGAACCAGACGGCCGGAGCCAAGGAGCGCGUGUAUGAAGCCCUGAUUGAGGAAAAGACGAAGGACUACAUCUUUCUGCGGAUCUGUAAGGACUGCUGUGAUGAGCUGGGGCUGGUGGCGGAUCAGGAGCUACAGGUGGAGCUGCAGUUUCAGUUGAACAGACUUCCUCUGUGUGAGAUGCACUACGCUCUGGAUCGCAUCAGAGAUAACAGCAUCCUGUUUCCAGAUGUCAGCCUCACUCCCACAAUACCCUGGAGUCCCAACAGCAGCUCUAGCUUGCUCACAGACGUCUCUAUUUCUGUGAGUGGCAGCUGCGUUGGCAGGGCGCAUUUGUGCGUUUGUAGCCCGUGUAAGUUCUCCCUCCGGUGCCACAGGCAGUGGGAUGAGCAGCUGGAUCCCCGUCUAAAUGCCAAGCAGAAGGAGGCUAUUCUGGCCAUCACCACCCCCCUCUCCAUCAACCUCCCGCCGGUGCUCAUCAUCGGACCCUACGGCACGGGCAAAACCUUCACGCUGGCCCAGGCUGUCAAACACAUCCUCAAGCAGCCUGAGACACGGGUUCUGAUCUGUACACAUUCAAACAGUGCCGCAGAUCUGUACAUUAAAGAUUACCUUCAUCCAUACGUGGAGGCUGGCAAUCCACACGCACGACCUCUCAGGGUUUACUUCAGGAACCGCUGGGUGAAGACGGUACACCCUGUGGUGCAGCAGUACUGCCUGAUCUCUGGAGCAUACUUCACCUUCCAGAUGCCCACGCGACAGGAUGUAGAGCGCCACCGUGUGGUUGUGGUCACACUCAGCACAUCCCAGUACCUCUGCCAGCUUGACCUGGAGCCAGGGAUCUUCACACACAUCCUGUUGGACGAGGCAGCCCAAGCCAUGGAGUGCGAGACCAUCAUGCCAUUGGCGUUAGCCGCUAAUAGCACCCGAGUCGUGCUGGCAGGAGACCAUAUGCAGCUCAGUCCGUUUGUGUACAGCGAGUUUGCGCGGGAGAGGAAUCUGCACGUGUCUCUGCUGGACCGGCUGUACGAGCAUUACCCAUCCGAGUACCCCUGCAGGAUCAUGCUGUGUGAAAACUACCGCUCCCAUGAGGCAAUCAUCAACUACACGUCUGAGCUCUUCUACGAGGGCAAACUGAUGGCCAGCGGGAAGCAGCCACCCCAUAAGGACUUCUACCCUCUGACCUUCUUCACUGCCCGCGGAGAAGAUGUUCAAGAGAAGAACAGCACGGCUUACUACAACAACGCUGAGGUGUUUGAGAUAGUUGAGCGGGUGGAGGAGAUGAGGAAGAAGUGGCCGGUGGCCUGGGGGAAGCUGGACGAGGGCAGCAUUGGUGUGGUCUCGCCCUACGCCGACCAGGUCUUCCGAAUCAGAGCCGAACUGCGCAAAAAAAGGAUGCCAGAGGUCAGCGUGGAGAGAGUGCUCAAUGUCCAGGGUAAGCAGUUCCGGGUGCUGUUCCUGAGCACCGUCCGCACCCGUCACACCUGCAAACACAAGCAGACGGCCAUCAAGAGGAAGGAGCAGCUGGUGGAGGACUCAACUGAAGACCUGGACUAUGGCUUCUUGUCCAACUACAAGCUGCUGAACACCGCCAUCACUCGAGCGCAGUCUCUGGUGGCUGUGGUGGGAGACCCCAUCGCCCUCUGCUCAGUGGGGCGCUGCAGAAAGUUCUGGGAGACCUUCAUUUCCAUCUGCCAUGAGAACCACAGUCUCCACGGCAUCACCUUUGAACAGAUUAAGAUCCAGCUGGAGGCCCUGGAGCUGAAAAAGACCUAUGUGCUCAACCCGCUGGCCCCAGAGUUCAUCCCUCGUGCCCUGCGCUCGCAACAUCUCCAGGGUCCCGGCAAACACCAGCACUCCCCACCCAAGGCGAAAGGACAGCUGGCCAAUCACACUGAACCCUUUCCCCCUGAAGGCUUUGUUCAGCCCAGCGCUGCCGUGUUGAUGGGGAACCCGAUUCAGGCCUUUACUCCACCAGGAGCGGGGGCUCCAGCCUCCGGCAAAUCACCAAGCCCUGUUCAAAGAAUCGACCCCGGAGCCAGCAUCCUUUACGUGCCCGCUGUCUAUGGCGGCAAUAUGGUGAUGCCCAUGCCUCUUCCGUUGCCAUGGCCCGGCUAUCAGAGUCGUUUCGCUGUGGAUCCUCGCAUCAUAAAUCAUCAGGCUGCCAUGGCCGCGUACAACCUUAACCUGCGGCAAACAGCCAGUCGUGCCUCACCUGUGCUGUAUGGGUUCAGUCACCCAUCUCCUUUGGGCCUGAACCAGCAGCCCACUUCUGAGAAAGAUCUACUUCAAGAGCCCAGUGGGAAUGGGAAAAUCGACAUUAAUGGAAAAACGGAGCAUUGUAGGCUGCUGACACCCGAGAGGAAAGCCCCCGAGCUGAAGGAAAAACAGGGGGAGCCAGAAUCGGUGCAUAACAAGAGUCCAGAGCCCCAGUCCAACAUGGGCUUCCCCGGUAGCCGCCUCAUACGCAAAGACCCACAGGCCCAGAGGGCCCUCAACUUCCACCUGGGCCCCCCGCAUCCCGGCUUCCCCCCUCACCACGGAAACAGCCAGUUUCCGCAGCAGUAUGGGCUCUCCCGACCUCCCCUCCGAAUGCAGGCCCCCAUCCACCCUCAGGCCUCCUCCUUCCCACCGUCGUUCUUUAGUGGACCUCCAAUGACGCACCGCGGACUACAGUCUCCGGUUCUGGAGGGGAUGGAGGGUGGUGAGGGAUCGAUGGGAGCUGUUCCAGGUGGGGUGGCUGAGGAUAUGAAGGGUGUGGUGAGAGGCCUGCCCCCACAGAUGCACCAGCAGCCCCUGCGCCUCAACAGCUUUGGAGAAGAGAGUUUGGACUCUCUGUUGGGCGAUACUAUGGAUGGUCAGGCUUCCUCAGGGCUGGAUGCUCUGGGCCAGCAGCAGCAGCAGGCUCGUGUGGGUCAGUGGGGUGAACAUGCUCCCUUCCUGCAGGCCGGUGUGGCCCCCUUCCCCCUGGCACAGCAGUUGGCUCAUCUCGGCCAGCCGGGUCUACGGCUCCCCCAGCAGCUCCUCCGAGCCGGCUGGGGCCUCGGCCCUGCAGCGGAGGAGGAGCCCAGACCUGCCAUGCCCAGAUAUCCCGGUCUAUUGCGCGAAAUGCUCCCUCAAGAGCAGUACGAGCAGCGGGAGCCGGCCGAAAUGCCCCCUCCUCAGUCUCGCCUCCUUCAGUACCGUCAAGUCCAGCCCCGAACCCCCGGAGACCUGCCAUCUCCCUCUUCCUCUACUACAAAUCACACCUCCGGCCCCAGUCCCUUCCCAGCUCCAGCUCCACCCUCAUACCCCGACACCAGCCGAGAGAUGCCCAUGGGCGGCCAGCCCUUCCAGCAGCACCAAGCCUUCAAUCAGGCCUCCUUCUCCCUGCCGCCCGAGCACACAGCAGGGCCUCUUCCGGUCAAGUACCUCCUCCAGGAGGCCCACUGGCCCCACCCUGGCCUACCCCAGAGCCACGUGCUGGGCCACGGCAUGCCCUUUGGCCUGCAGGCGAUGGUGCACAGGCAAGAGCAGGGCCCCCUCACGCAGCUGCAGCACCAGCAGCAGAAACAGCAGCUCCAGGCCCAGCAGAGCACCCUGCACAGUGUAGAAGAGUAUGAACCACGGGGCCCUGGGCGGCCUCUAUACCAGAGGAGGAUCUCCUCCAGCUCCCCACAGCCGUAUCCGGACAGCCUGGAUCCUCAGGACCACCCCACACCCUCCUACAGAUACCCCUCAGCAGACCUAUGGCUAGGCAGUAGCGGGCCUGGCCCGAGCCCCGCUCCUCUCCACAACAUUCCAUGUAACGGAGCGAGCCACCUUGUCCCUCACAGGGAGGUUUUAGUUUCAAAGGCGAUGACUGUGGCGGAUGAGCACGUCAAGGCUGAGUGUCUCCAGCAGUCUCCUCACCCCGCUAGCACCGCGUCUCUGCAGCACCACGGACAGUUCCCACCCCUCAUGCCCAGCAAGCAAACCCCACCGGACCCGGGAGGAGGAGGAGGAGGAGGAGGGGGCAACACCAGCCCAGGGGGGCCCCAGGGGCCCGGCAACUCCAAGCCCCCAACCAUGUCCUACGCCAGCGCCCUCCGAGCCCCUCCAAAGCCCCGCCCGCUGCCUGAGCAGGUCAAGAAGAACAGUGACCCCAUCUCUCUGUUACAGGAACUUAGCAUAGGCAGUUCAAACAGUAGCAAUGGCUAUUACACGUAUUUUAAGUAAGUCAAUAUAUAUGAAUUAUAUACACCUGUUAAAAAGGAAAACUGUUGAAAAAAAAAAUAGAAUAACAAUCUUAAAAAAAACUAUAAAAAUGUCUUUUGAUUUUGUGGAAUAGUUAGACAUUUUGCGUUUUAUUAUUUUUUACUUGCUUUAGUACUAGUUGGUUCUUUUACAGUUUGGCAUCUGUGAUUUUACAAACCGAAUCAGCAUAUAUAUAAAUAUAUAUAUAUCAUGAAACACCAAAACAUUUGGGGAAAAAACGUUUAAAAAAAAUCAAUAACAAAAAAAAAAAAAAAAGAUUUAUGAAAAAAAGAUUUUUAAAAACACCAUGAAUUAGCUGACCACUCAGCUGCCUGUCUUUCCUGUAAUUAUGUCCGCUCUCUUUGCAUCCACUCCCAGAAGUAAAACUUGUUGAAGUGAUUUUUCCCAGCUGGCAUUUUUUUAUGAUGUUCAGUUUCUUGGUGUGUUUUCUUGUGCUUGCAGCUGAGUGGUGAACUGACUCGAAAUAAAAAAAAAAUAUUAUAAAAAGUUGUAUAGAUGUAGACAAACUUUUCUCAAACCUGUACAUAUGAAUAAAUGAAUACGAGAUGACAA